AUGAGUAGUUGGAAUCCAUUUACUCGAAAUACAACCUCACGGAAGAGUAUAGGCUUGAUAACAACUCGAGAUUUUGAUCGUGAAACUCGCCGUUUGGAAUCUCUUGAAGACAAUGCCAAAUCUUUAACACGUGAUCUAAUCAAACAAGACAAAUCUUUCGAUGACUUCGCUCGUGGUCAAUUGAAACUAUUACAUGAUCUAUCAGGUAGUUCAUUCAUCAAUCAUUACGAUCAGCAACAAACAUCAACAAAUCUAUCUACGAACAUCUCCCAGUUGAUUAACGACUGGAAACUAACUGCACAACAUAUAUCCGAACAAACGAGUCUAUUGAAUGAGAUCACUUCGAAGACGAUUAUCGAUUCUUCUAAACGUUUGACAUUAGCUUUAGCAAAUGUGACAAAUGCGAUUAAGAAGCGUGAACAAAGUUUAAAUGAAUAUAUUAAAGUUCAAAAUAAAUUGGACAAAUUCAAUGAAAAAUUGGGUUCGUCAACAACAUCUCUAGGUGCGACAAUGAAUGCAACCAAUAACACAAAAUUAGAACAGAUACAAAAGCAAUUGAAUGAAGCUAAACAACAAUAUGAAUUGAAAAAUCAAGUUUUGAACAAUGAACUACCUAUUCUACACGAACAACGUGCAGCUUUCGUUUAUCCAUGUUUAGAAGCAUUUAUCGAAGCUCAAGCACAUUAUUGUGAUCAACUGGAAACUGCCUAUCGAAAUUUAAUUGGUCAAAUGGACGUUGCAACGGAUAGUACGAGUACACUAGAUGAAAUCAAUGCUAAACUUGCUACGAUCAAAUCACUAUCAAUCGUCGCAUCGGAAUAA